CCUAUUUUAAGAAAAUUAAUAUUCUAAAUUUAAAGGUUGGGCAUGAUAAUAGGAAGGGUUGUUUUAAUUUGUGUGGUAAUUAAUCGAUUAAUUAAUAUUCCAAUUUAUGAUUAAUUCAUAAAUAAUUUAAUAUGCUGUAAUUAAUUGUAAUCAAAACCAAAUUAAUGAUUAAUUAUUAUUUUUAUUAUUGUUUAAUUCCAUAUCAAUCAAUGAGAGAAUCAUCCAUACAUACCUUUUAGCUGGUUAUUGAAUCUCUUUUCUUCAAGGGAGAUGAAAAGAAUAUGGUUGGUGUUGAUGGUUUUGUGUUUGAGUUCUUCAAUAAUCAAGAAUGGAGUGAUGAUAAGUGCACAACCACAAGUGUCUUCUUUCUUCAUUUUCGGGGAUUCUUUAUCUGACGGUGGAAAUAAUAACAUGCUUUCGACGUUAGCGAAAGUCAACUACUUGCCCUAUGGAAUUGACUACCCAACUGGUCAACCUACCGGAAGAUUUACCAACGGACGUACUGUCGUUGAUUUACUUGCUGAAUAUAUAGGUUUCAAUGAGUCUAUUCCAACCUUUUUAACAGUUAAUAAUUCUAUGGACUCAAAAUUAAUACUUAAUGGUGUGAAUUAUGCAUCUGGCUCAGCUGGAAUUCUAAACAACACUGGAAAACAUUUGGGUCAGAACAUCAACUUUGGUACACAAUUAAAGAAUCACAGAAGUGUUAUGACGAGUUUGGUUAAGAGCUUAGGAAGCCGAAGAGCAGCAAGAAGACACUUAAACGAGGGCUUAUAUUGGGUUGCAAUAGGAAAUAAUGACUAUCUCAACAACUACUUCUCACGUGAUCAGUUAUACUCUUCCUCUCAUGCUCACUCGCCCGAAACUUUUGCUCUUCUUCUCAUUGAACAAUAUCGUAACUAUAUCAUGAAAUUAUAUAAGUAUGGAGCAACCAAGGUAGUGCUAGUGGGAUUGGGAAGAAUAGGUUGCACCCCUAAUUCAGUGGCAUUUUACCAAACCAAUAGCUCUAACCCGUGCGUCGACAAAAUGAACGAAGCAGUCGAACAUUUCAACGUUAAGCUUUUAGCACUUGUCGAUCAACUCAACACGAAUUUCACUAACGCUAAAUUCAUCUUCAUUAACUCUUUCGAAAUGGAUGGUGGUGAUCCUACUACUGCUGGAUUUAAGGUUUGGGAUGUUGGAUGUUGCCCAGUGAAUGCACAAGGGCAAUGUGUUCCAUUGAAAAAGCCAUGUGAGAAUAGAGAAGAAUUUGUAUUUUGGGACUCAUUCCAUCCAACUGAAGAAGCCAAUAAAAUCACUGCAAGUCGAAUAUACACAGCUUUUGACCUUUCUGAUAGUUAUCCUAUGGAUCUCAGACACCUUAUUAAUUUGUCAUUACCUCCGCCUCCCCCUCGCUCUCGCUCUCGCUCUCGCUCCCGCUCCCGCUCCCGCUCCAGCUCUCGCUCCCGCUCGCGCUCUGGUCUUCGCUCUCAUCCGCACCCUCCACUUUAAUUAAUUUUUUUAAUUCUUUUUAUAUGUAUGAAAAAAAAUGUUUAUAUUGAAGAAAAAAAUAGAAAAUAUAUAGUAUUGUGUUGUAUACUAUAUUUUAUAUUUGUUGAUCAUCAAUUAGUACAAAUUUGACUUGUUUAGUAUUGU